AUGAAGAUUUUCCCGGGUUUCGAGCUGCGGCGCACCACGGAUACCCAGACCCCGUCGGCGGUGGUGGUGGGCCCUGGUAGCGCCCAGCGGACCUCGAAGCGCCGAUCAUCCGGUGGUGGUAGGCGGGACGGUGAGCGGAAACGUCGCAGCCACCGCGGACACAAGGUGAGCGGAGGCGAGCGAGGCUGGGAGGUGCACCAGGUGACCGUGACCCGGGUGCCCGGCUACGGCUUCGGCAUAGCCGUCUCCGGCGGCCGGGACAACCCCCACUUCAGCAACGGCGACCCCGCCAUCGCCAUUUCGGACGUCCUCAAGGCCGGACCCGCCGAGGGCAAGCUCCAGGUCAAUGACCGGAUCAUCUCGGCGAACGGGGUGUCGCUCGAGGGGGCGGACUACGGGGCGGCAGUCCGGGUGCUGCGCGACUCGGGCUCCACGGUGUUGCUCGUGGUCAAGCGGCGCGCCUGCCCCGACUCUACCGCCGCCCUGCCGGGACCGGCCAGUCCCCUGUCCCAGCAACAACAGCCGUCUACUGCCUCGGCGACCCCCGGCGGUGGGGGGUCCACCAGCGCGGCCCACAGGCUCAGUCUCACUCGGCCCAGCAAGAAGGAGGACUUUGGCAUCGUGCUCGGCUGUCGGCUGUACGUGCGCGAGGUGACGCGCGACGGCACGGGCGCCCAGCCCGGGGACCUCGUCGAGCGCAUCGCCGGCCUCCAAGCGGACAACAUGAGCCUCAAGGAGGCCCGCAAACUCAUGGAGCAGACCAAGGAGCGGCUCUCGCUGGUGGUGAGCCGCGAGGCCGCCGCGACUCUCAGCCGCCAACAACAGCAGCAGCAGCAGCAGCAGCAGCAGCAGCAGCAGUCGGCGUAUGCCAGUCAAAACUUGUACGUGCCGCCGCCGACGAGGCACCAGGCGCCCCCGCCGGCCAACGAGGACAAGAGCAACUUGGCGCCACGCGGUCGUUCCCGGGGGCCCCUGCUCGACGUCUCGCUGAGCCAGCUGGACAUGCCGGCGACGCCUACCCAGGAGCCACCGAGGCCGCCGCCCCCCAGGCCCGAGGACUACUACGGCUCGCGCCGGCAGAUCUACGAGGAAGAGGCGGGAUCGGCCGGUGCCGCGGGUCGGCUCGUCAAGCAGCAGCCAAUGCCGGAUCCGCGCUUCAUUACGUUCCAGAAGGAGGGAUCGGUUGGGGUUCGGCUCACGGGGGGCAACGAGACCGGUGUCUUCGUCAACGCCGUCCAGCCGGGUAGUCCGGCCUCGAUCCAGGGCCUGCAGCCCGGCGACAAAAUUCUCAAGGUCAAUGACAUGGACAUGAAGGGGGUGACGCGGGAGGAGGCGGUGCUCUUUCUCCUCAGCUUGCAGGAACAGAUCGACUUGAUCGUGCAACACCGGCGCCACGAGUACGAGCAGAUCGUGGCUUCGGGCAAGGGGGACUCGUUCCACAUAAAGACGCACUUUCACUACGAGCACCCGGACAAGGGUGAGAUGAGCUUUCGCAGUGGCAAUGUUUUUCACGUCGUCGACACGCUCCACAACGGGGUUGUCGGUGCGUGGCAGGUCUACCGCAUCGGCCGGAACAACCAAGAGGUGCAGCGCGGCAUCGUGCCCAACAAGGCUCGGGCCGAGGAGCUCGCCACCGCCCAGUUCAACGCUACAAAAAAAGAGCUCAGCGCCAGCGAGAGUCGGGGUAGCUUCUUCAGGAGACGGAGGGGCAGCCAUCGACGGAGCAAAUCACUCGGCAGGGAUCAUUGGGACGAUGUCGUUUUCUCUGAUAGCGUCAGCAAAUUUCCGGCUUACGAGCGGGUGGUUCUGAGGCAUCCCGGUUUCAUCAGGCCCGUCGUACUUUUUGGACCUGUGGCCGAUCUUGCCAGAGAAAAAUUGCUUACAGACUUUCCCGACAAAUUCACAUCUCCGCAGACAGAAAUUCAGACGGAAGAGGGCCAGACGAGCAAAGGCGCAAAGGCUUCCGGUAUCAUUCGACUAAGUGCCAUCCGAGAAGUCAUGGAGCGGGGAAAACACGCGCUCUUGGACAUUACGCCUAACGCGGUCGAUCGACUGAAUUACGCUCAGUUCUACCCAAUCGUUAUAUUCUUAAAAGCCGAAAACAAACAAAUCAUCAAAGAAAUGAGAGCCGGAAUACCAAAAUCGGCGCACAAGAGCAGCAAAAAACUUUUAGAACAGUGCCAAAAACUUGAUAAGAUAUGGGGCCAUGUAUUUAGUGCCGAAAUAACUAUAACUUCCCCUGAAUCGUGGUAUCGAAAAUUGAGGGAACUUAUCGACUGGCAGCAGCAAAGUCCUCUUUGGAUGAGCCAAACAAAGCCGGAGGAGGCUCUCUCGGACGACUUCCUGUUCCCGAUGACUUCACGCCUGUCCUACGCCUCCUCCCCGGAGAGCGAUCUGGAGCUGAGUCCCGCCCCAUCCUUGCCCGGUACUCUGGGCGUGCCGUCCCGUCUCAAGAGCAGCUCUGAUCCAAGCAUCGCCACGCAGGAUGAUGCGAUCGCGCCACCCCCCUACACAACGAGCGGCUACCAGCACUCGGUGGCACAGCUGCUACAUUCCGUCGGAGAGUCUUCCCGAUCCACCAGUCAGUUCCAACCACCCGAACAGCUCGUCGUCCAGCACCGGCGCACACGUUCCCAUCACCAACAGCAGCAGCAACAGUCACAACAGUACCACCAGCAGCAGUCACAGCAACACCAUCAUCAUCACCAUUACUCUCAGCAUCAACAGCAGCAGCAGCAACAGCCACUUCCGCCAGACCUGCCUCCUCGGCUCGACCGAAGUUCCAAGCCAGCGGCCACUUCGGCGCGGAUGCCCUUCCAGCCACGCUCUAUUCUCAAUAAGUCAGAUUCAGUUCUCGACGUUGGAAAUUACAUCAACGCCACACCGCAUCGCUCUGGAGCUGCACCACCACAAACAGCCGCAGCAGCAGCAGCAGCAGCCAAUUCCUCGCUCGAGAGAAGCCAAGCUAAGGCGGGCAGCUACGACAGUAUGUCCUCUUACGAUUCGUACAACACAAACGGCGGUAAUCUGGCUGGUCAAUACGUUACGGGCCUAACAGCAACCUCAUCUGUGGUGACGGCAACCGCAGUGAGCUCGACCAACAAUAGACUCGGGCCGAACGUUCCCGAUGACCUCAAGAGCAGCAAUCUAGCCUUGCACUUGAGACCACACGAUCCCUACAAGUUUACGAGGUCAACGGCUAUUCCCGUCCAAGAGUCCCAAACACGAACUGAUUAUGCCAAGUACAGCCGAGCAGGUGAUUACAAGCCUGUGGUAGUGCCUCCUCAGUUGAGCGGAAAACCAAACACAAACACCUACAAGCCUGUGCCACCUCCUAAACCAAAAAAUUAUAGGCCACCGCAGCAGCCAAUCAUACAAGACGAAAACAAUAGCAACAAUUUGUACCAGCAUUCAAAAAGCUAUUCUGUAGCUAUGUUAAAUGGAGUCGAGAAUGGAAUUAAUGCUCAUCAAUACUAUUACAACAUAUCUCCUUCGAACCGAAAUCUACAAAACGAUGCCUAUGCCGUGAAUUCCAAUCAGAUGCAUCCUCUAUCGAACUCGUCAAUGAUGUCGCACUCCCAUAGCACUAGUCCAGGACAAAUCGGUCUGGCACUUUCCCACAGCCGCACAAACGGCCACAGUCACAGUAACAGUCACAGUGGCGUAACACUUCAAAAUUCCUCCAUGAUGAACCACAACAAUAAUAACGGCACCAUUGGCCAUAGCAACAAUAACAACAGCAACAGUAACGGCAUUCACAAUCGAGAAUCAAUGGAUUUGGCAAGCAGUAGGGAACAACGUGGAAGUGCCUUUGAACUUUACAGAAAGCCACUGCAUCAUCAUAAUAGGUGAGUCUAUGCUUAGUCCACUUGUGGAAUGUGGACCAAAGGGACUUGAAUUUCAAGUUCCCGUUGAGCUUCGAAUUCCUCAUCAAGCAACGCCCGCUCACCGGCUCGCACUGAAGGCUACGGACACUGAAAACAAUUCGAGUGCCGAUUGGUUGAACGUUAAACUGCCAGAUCCGACCUCAGACCACGUUAUCGUUCGUCUGGAUCAUUUCUGAUGUUUCUUCAUUAAUUCAUUAACAUGUACUUCAUAUGUCAGUUAUGCUCAUUUUUACGUUAAAAAUAGUAUGCGUUCAGGAUGUUACAAUGUAAAUAACUAGUGAAAUGUUUAAAUGUCAUGUUGAAAUUUUUAUACUAAAAAAAAAAAAAAAAAAAAAAAAAAAAAAGACUAUUGCCGAUAAGAAACUUUCACGUUUGAUGAUUUAGUUUUUAAUUAAUAAAUGUGCGAAUAUUAUUAAGGUACUGUCAAUUUUAUUUUGUUGGCGUGGGCGAUUGGGAAAGAAUAGUUUUACAAAUAUCUUGCGAAUCUUAAUAUUUCUCUUAGGAUCUCUAAAGCAAAGAUAUUAUAACUUUUUUUUUAGACAAAAUAUCUUUUAUAAGCAACGAUUAGAAAAAUUGAUGCCAAAUUUUUAAAAUCAUUUUAAGAUUAUUUAGUUAUACGUAAACUUUGCAUUUAUGUAAACUUAAGAUGACAAUGAUUGUGAUUUUCGUUUUUAUACAUGUUCUUAUACAUAUUUUUGUACGUGCAAAAUUGUUAUGUAAAGUAAUGAAAUAGUAUGUUACGCUACUAGGACGCAAAGUGCGCUCGAUGGUGCAGAGGCCUGCGCCCGAGUCGCGUAUCCUGUUUUUCUCUUUGAGGGUGCAGAGUGAGGUUGUAUUAAGUCUUCGUGAUGGUUAAUUUCACAAGAGUCAAACUGCAGAAUUAAAAAUAUAUAAAUGUUAAUUAAAACGUAUAUUUUACAUGGAAAAGCUUAACUUUCUCUAUAAGUAUUUUCACAAUUUUUUUUGUAAUAAUGAAUUAACUUGUAUAUAUACUAAAUUAAUACGUUCAACUUGACAUCACUAGUUAUCACUAGUGACGUCAAUUUGACGUCAGUUCUUCAAGUGUGAGAGAUAAAAAAAAGAUGAUUUCUCAAUCAUCUCACUCGCGAAGAAAAAUGGGAAGUCAAAUUUUGUAUCACUCAUUUAAAUUUGUAUAACCAAAUUUUU